CAUGUCACUUUGCUUUCAUUUCUUGAAGCCACACCUUCUUGUCGUCGAGUUGCUUCCCCCCUACUGGCGCUUCCCAGACGCUCCAGAGAGCGAGUCGGGGUACUGAACUGGCUGCAGUUCUGGGAAUAGCACGCAUAAGACAAACGAAAAGGAAUUGAACACAAUAGGCGGAUACGCUGCAGAAGAUCUUACUGAACUUUUCCCUCUAAAUUCGAUCGAGUAUUUUAGAGACUUGGCACGAAAGUGUGUCUCUGCUUUGACUGUCUUCAGUUUGUGUCCGAGCGCUCGAAAGUUUCUUUGUUAUAAUUUGGAUUAUACCUUUUUCAUUUACUACAGAUAUUAUCUCCAGUCGAAGUUUAGAAAAGAACCCGACACUGUUUGUCGACCUUACUUCGUUGGAUAUCCAAGGCAAGAGUUAUCGAAGACCUUUCUUCUUUCUCCUCGCCUCCCUCUUCUUGCUCCGUUUUCUUAGAUGCGCCAGAUUCGCUGACCGUGCGCUAAACGCGCCUCUUGAAGUGUCGCUUGCGGAGCUUCUUCUUAGCGGUUAUUUUUCGGUUUUCCUUACCUACAUGAGAGCUUGUGAUACUUCUGUUCAGUGGCUUCUCACCGUUUUCAUUGUUUUGUCGCCUCAUGCGAAAACACCAGUGAGCGAGUGAAAAGCUUUCCAUUUGGGUUCCCAUGUCCGGUGUGGUACGCACCCUGAGCCGGUGCCUGCUGCCGGCGGAGGCGACUCGCGAGAGAAGCGACAGCAAGGAACGCAGCCGGGACCGGGACGCGCACCAGCAGGAGAGGGACGCAAGGCGCCGCAGCCGGGAGAUCGACUCUCGCCUUUCCCAGGAGCGCAGGUCCAUUCGCCGCCUGGUGCGCAUCCUCCUUUUGGGAGCGGGCGAGAGCGGCAAGUCGACUUUUCUGAAACAAAUGAGGAUUAUCCAUGGCAAGGAAUUCAACCAGAAAGCGUUGCUGGAGUUUAGAGAUACCAUUUUUGAGAAUAUCAUCAAGGGUAUGAGAGUCCUGGUGGAUGCCCGUGAGAAACUGGGAAUCCCAUGGCAGAACACCGAGAAUGAGAAGCAUGGCAUGUUUGUAAUGGCUUUUGAGAAUAAGGCCGGCCUGACGGUAGAGCCCUCCACUUUCCAGCACUAUGUUCCUGCUCUAAGGGCGCUGUGGCAGGACUCUGGCAUUCUGGAAGCAUACGGACGUCGGAACGAAUUCCAGCUGGGUGAAUCAGUGAAGUAUUUCUUGGAUAACCUGGACAGGAUUGGCGAGUUGAAUUAUCUGCCAAGUCGACAAGAUAUUUUACUAGCAAGAAAGGCCACAAAGGGAAUUGUAGAACAUGAUUUUGUCAUCAAGAAAAUUCCCUUUAAGAUGGUGGAUGUUGGGGGUCAGCGUUCACAGAGGCAAAAGUGGUUCCAGUGCUUUGACGGGAUUACCUCCAUUUUAUUCAUGGUCUCGUCCAGCGAGUACGACCAAGUUCUUAUGGAGGACCGCCGCACCAACCGCCUGGUCGAAUCUAUGAACAUUUUUGAGACCAUUGUCAACAAUAAGCUCUUCUCCAAUGUGUCCAUCAUCCUCUUCCUCAACAAGAUGGACCUACUGGUGCAGAAGGUGAAAGAAGUUAGCAUCAAAAAGCACUUUGCUGAUUUCCAGGGUGACCCUCACAAGCUAGAGGAUGUACAGGCAUACCUAGUUCAGUGCUUUAACAAAAAGCGGAGGAACCGAAGCAAGCCCCUGUUCCAUCACUUCACGACUGCUAUAGACACAGAGAAUAUCCGCUUUGUCUUCCUUGCUGUCAAGAAUACCAUUUUGCAGAAAAAUCUGGAAGAUAUAAUGCUUUAGUAAUAUGGCCCAUAUAGUUGAAACUUUAAGCUGUGCAAUUGUUCUCGGUUGGGAUGUGCUGGAUAACACUUGUAGUGAAAGGAUUUUGUUAAGUGGGAUUGUAGGUCAUGUCAUUCAUACGUGAGGAAACUUCACAAAUAAUCUCAUCAAGUAUCCCCUGUUUAUUUUACUUUGGCAAAGCCAGUAGGAGGAUAUCCAAUUUACUUCUGGUGUGGAAAUUCAAAAAAAGCAGUUAUUAGUAUCACUAAAAAAUGGCAUCUGAAUCAAAAUGGAAGCACAAAGAUAGUUUUGGACAUUGGAUAACAUGAUAAAUGUAUUGCACUAAAAAUGAAUCGCCUUCCACCCACUUUUGAGAGGUAAUCCCCUUUGAGUGUUUCUUACAGAUGAUGACUCUAAUAAAUUAAAGAAAAAAAAUAAAAACUUCCUAUUUAAAAUAACAUAAAAAGGGACUAGAGAAAAAAAAAAUAUAUAUAAAAAAAAAAAAAACCUUCCAGACUACACAGUCCUGGGACUGCUCACCAUCACAAUUAAAUAGAGGAUGGAGCCAAGACCGUUUGUAAUGUGCCAGGAAAUGGACAAAGUUCAAAGAAAAAGUAGCAACACAAUUGUUCAAGGAUAAAAAAAGAAAGAAAAAAGAAAAGCUUUGAAACUCUUCUGCUCAAAGUAUGGAGAAAGAAAAAUGCAGAGACUUAUUGCAUGAGAGCAUUGGAGUAGCAGGAGUGUGUUUUGAGCGUUAAAUGGUUCAUUUUACCGCUUCAGUUUACUUGUGCUUUUCAAUGCGUACUUAAAGUCAGGCUGAACAAAUUCCUGCAAAGGCUUAUUCGUAGCAGUUGAAUUGUAUGCUUGGGUGUAUGGAACAGUGUUUGUAUAUAAAGGCAUGCACUGCCAGCUGGUUCUGGAAUUGCCCCUUUGAGCAUGCCAGUUUGGGUAUGCCCUUGAAAUCUGUAAUUGUGAUCUUGCUAAAAAAGCAGGAUUCAUAUUACUUCACAUAAUUACAUAUAAAUAAAAUACAAGUCUCACAUUAGUAAGCAAAUUAUUACUUACUUCAUUGUACACUUAAAUGUGUUUUUGGAUCCCAGUGAGUCUCCUUGUGCUGAUUAUCCAUUAAUGAUGUCUGUUUUCAAUGGGACUGUGGCUUUGGCAUCAUCUGUGAAAGAAACUGAAUCAAACUUGCAUGUGUUAAAAAUGUUGCGUGUCUCAAAGUUCAUAUUACCAGAAUAAUCAAAUAAAGUGAAACUGUCUAUGUGAAAAAGUAAAAUUUGGCACAGUUCAUUAGCAGACAGAACACAAAGUCAAGGUUUGUUUUCCAGUAUAAAAAUUAAUAAGCAUUAAGGUCACAGUACUCCUGAAACUUAUGGCCAAAAAAAAAAAGUCUUUUAUUUAGUUUUACUUUAAGUCAUUAUCUAGAAACUAACCAGUGAGUAACUUAACAGCCCACGAGUAUCCUGUUUUGAGUUCUACAGUAUAUGAGAAAGGAAAUUGUACUUUUAUUUUUUGAUACACUGGAAAGCUUGAACUUAACAGCUCGACUUUGUCAGAACCAGACAUAAAUAACUGCUGCAAACCCUUUAGUAAAAUGUCUAAGAAGUGUGAAGUUCAUUAUAAAGACUUGUUGUAUGUUUGUCAAUUCGAAAUAAGUUUUCAGACCUAUGAACGAAAAGAUGUCAAUUUGUAUAUUUUGUGUUUGUGUGUAAAUAAUUACUAAAAAUGUGCAUGUGUGUGUAUAGACAGUACAUUGUUGUAUACACUGAUAUAUGGUAUACUCGGUGCACCAUAUAUAGUGAAUGCUGUGUGUAUACAUACAUGCAACAAUUUGUAUAUAAUUGCAUUGUAUUUGUGAAUAUAUAGAUAGUAUACGCAUUUAUUGUAUAUUGUCAGAAUAGCAUAUGUUAUAGUUACAGCAUGUGUCCACAGUUACCGGCAUACAUUAACAGUUAUUCACUCAUUAACCCAACUUUAUAAAAAAAAAAAAAAAGACUGUUCCAGUCAUACUUUAUGUAAUAGUAAAUCUUUGUAAGAAUUUUUUCAUUUUUUUGUGCAUAUUGGACUUGUUCACCUUUUGAAAAUAAA